ACAAAAGAGGGAGGGAGUGAGAGAGAGUGAGAAGAAAGGCACUCACAGCUUCAGCUCCAGACCACCCGCUCUCCUCCUCAUCGUCCUCCUCUCCUCUCUUUCUAGCUCCACAUCCAUGUGUGAGUUAAUUGCUGAUUUCACUGUUUAUUGUGGAUAGAAGCAGAGGACAGCGUGUGUUCCCCAGGAUACAGCUGAGCUCCCGGCGGGAUCAGGGUCUCGUCUGGUGGGAGAGAGGGAGCAAGAACGAGACAGGAAAACGGAUACACAAGAAGAGAGAAAGAGAGACACAAGAGUAAGAGACGCUGGAACGCAAAUUGAGGGGCAUGUUCAGGGCAGGAGAGAGAGCCUGAUUUUGAGUGCAAGGAACCGGCAACCGGAUCUCAUCCAUCCCUACCUCCUCAUCCUCUUCUUCUUCUUCCCUCUCUCUUUACCCUCUCUCUGUCCUGCUCUUCAAUUCCCCCUAUUGUUUCUUGUGUUGCCUACCCUCCUAUCUUCCUUUCCUCACCCCCUUCUCCCCCAACCCCUUUUUUGCUGCCACUCCGGAUUCUCUCUGACUCUCUUUCCAGACCUGUCUUUCUUUGUGAGGUUCCCCGUGAGCUCCCAGACAAGUAGACAGACUGAAAUCCCAAGUACUAUCUGUUCCUCCUAUCCCUCCAUUGCUCUGUUCGUUUAUCACACACACACACACAAACACACACACACACACACACAAACACACGCACACGCACACACACACACAAACACACACACACACACACACACACAUUCACAUACACACACAGCUCAGUAGGAGGAGAAGGUUCUCUCUCUGCAUCCUCCACUCUUGGACCCAGUCGUCUGAAGGAUCCAGGCCAGGCCCUCGGAGUGAUCGUGCCCCACCUGCGAGCUUCUAUCUCCAUCCUCCAGGACCUUCAAUUGGAUUCCAGCUACAUGGGAAAACGUUUGGAGCAGCAGCCAAUGUACCCCCACUACACCUACUACUACCCCCACUAUCUCCAGACCAAGCAGUCUUAUGCUCCUCCCCCUCCGCCCAUGGCUCCGCCCAGCCCUGGCACCACAGGAGGAGGAGGAGGUGGUGUUGGAGGAGGAGGUCAUGGAGGAGGGCUAGUGGAGCAGCUUAGUAAGACUAACCUGUACAUCAGAGGCCUACCGCCUGCCACCACCGACCAGGACCUCAUUAAACUCUGCCAGCCAUAUGGGAAGAUUGUGUCAACUAAGGCCAUCCUGGACAAGAACACCAAUCAAUGCAAAGGCUAUGGCUUUGUGGACUUUGACAGCCCUGCUGCAGCCCAGAAGGCUGUGGCCUCACUCAAAGCCAGCGGAGUCCAGGCACAGAUGGCGAAGCAACAAGAGCAGGACCCCACCAACCUUUACAUCUCAAACCUGCCACUGUCCAUGGAUGAGCAGGAGCUGGAGAACAUGCUGAAGCCCUUUGGUCACGUCAUUUCCACGCGGAUACUGAGGGACGCCAAUGGCCUGAGCAGAGGAGUGGGCUUUGCUAGGAUGGAGUCAACAGAGAAGUGCGAUGUGGUGAUUCAGAAUUUCAACGGGAAAUUCUUGAAAAUCCCUCCAGGCAUGACAGCCCCUGCAGAGCCGUUGCUGUGCAAGUUUGCUGACGGAGGCCAGAAGAAGAGGCAGACCCAGGUCAAGUAUCCCCAGAAUGGACGACCGUGGACACGGGACGGAGAGAGUGGUAUGGCGUUGACAUAUGAUCCCACAGCGAUGCAGAAUGGGUUCUACUCUUCUCCGUACAGCAUCUCCACUAAUCGGAUGAUUGCACAGACGUCAAUCACACCCUUCAUUGCUGCCUCUCCCGUUUCCACAUAUCAGGUUCAGAGUACAUCUUGGAUGCCACAUCAACAGUAUGUUAUGCAACCUACAGGUGCUGUGAUCACCCCGGCAACGGCUCUAGAGCCCAGUUUGUCUCUUCACCCCUCCAGUGUAAUGACUCCUCUCACCCAGCAGAUGAACCACCUGUCUCUGGGCACCACAGGCACCAAACCACAAAGCCACACACAUGGAAAUUGCCUUUAUCUGUUUGCUGAAAUGUGCGAUGACCCUGGGACCAAGCCAAACUAUUAUUACAUGCCUGCUGCAGCGGCUGGUCCUAUGCAAGGCACCUACAUUCCCCAGUACACUGCAGUGCCUGCCUCUGCCAUCACAGUGGAAGGCAUGGUGACAGACCCAUCUUCACAGACAGCCGCCCCCUCCUCCCAGGACACCAAUGGGCAGCAGCCUUUAACAGUGGAGACUACAGGAGAUCAUGCCUCAGCAUACUCUUACCAGCAGUCAAAAUAACAAGAUUGGUAGGAAUCAUUGCUGCAUUGCCUUUAGAAGGACUGCACUGAGGCGCUGGAGACACAAAGAGAAUCAAAAUGAAACGGGGACAAAAAAAAAAGAGGUGACGGGCAACACUGAGGGGAGAAUGCUUCCACUGUGCACCAAAUAAAAGACAAAAUGAAGAAAAAAAAAUCAAUUAAAUUUCUUACCUGGUUGAACCAAGAAAAAGACAAGAGAAGGAAAAAGAAAUGAUGGUUUACUGAACUUGAAGACAAUGAAAUCAAACGCAGUCUGCAGCUUUGAGUUUAUCAUUUCUCACUGUGAGACUGGACUCUGCCUCCGAAGGAAGAAAAGAAGACAGACUGAAAUCUAAACUCAACCAACAAGCUGUACAGAAAAAAAUAACAUUUGAAUGUGCAGGUAGAUUUUCAGACAUUUUUUAUUAAAAGAAAAGAAAAAAAGGAAGGAAGCAAAGUCUAGAAAAAAAACAACAGGUUGUCUUCCUUUGAUAUUAAGCUACAUUAUUUUCAUUCUUUUUAUUAUUUGAGUAGUUUUCUAGAAUAUCAAUGUUUUAGUAAAUCUUUAUUGCCUUAAUUUUCUCAAUCGUUGGGAAAAAAUAUUUCCAUAGUGUUGAAUUAUUAAACAAAGAGUGGUUGAAUGAUUUGAGAGCUUCUUGGAGAGUUCCGCGAGCCAGCGAGGUGAAAUCUACAAAGCUAUGUACAGUUGUACAGGAU